AUUUUGCAAUUGGUAUCAACCUACCCCAUUUUUGUCUCUGUCUCUCCCAAUUCAAUACCCCCUUUAACCCUACAGCCGUAAAAUUUAAACCAAAAGCAGAGCCCAGCAGCAGCAGCAGCAGCCUCUACUACCAAUGUCAACAUCCAAUCCCCCAGAAACGACAAAGCAUGUCGCCGUUUUGGCAUUCCCUUUCGGAACUCACGCGGGGCCUCUUCUCACGCUUGUACGGAAACUCUCGGACGCGGCCCCAGACGUACGAUUCUCGUUCCUCAGCACAGCUAAAUCCAACGAUUCCAUCUUCUCGGGCAGGGGCUCAAUUGGGGACGACAGAGUGAAGCGGUUUGACGUCGGCGAUGGGUUGCCGGAGGGUUUUGUGUUGGGGCCGGGAAAACAGAUGGAAGUGAUGGAGCUGUUCUUGGAGGGGGCGGCGGAGAGGUUUAAGAAGGGGAUGGAGGCGGCGGCGAGGGAGAUGGGAGAGGGAAUUGGGUGUUUGAUUAGCGAUGCGUUUUAUUGGUUUGUGGGAGAAAUGGCAGAGGAAAUGAAAGUCGGGUGGGUGGCGCUUUGGACGUCGGGGCCUCGCCCAUUGCUCGUGCAUCUUUGCACGGAUCUCAUUAGACAGCAUAUUGAUAUUAAAUCUUCUGGAUCAAGAGAGAAAUCCCUGGAGUUCUUGCCGGGAUUCUCAGAAUUGCAGGCAGGCGAUUUACCUGAAGAAGUGCUGUCUCUGAGCCUAGACUCACCCUUCCCAAAUAUGCUACACAAAAUGGGUCAUCACUUUCCACAAGUCACUUCUGUUCUCAUAAACUCAUUCGAAGAAAUAGACCCACAAAUACACAACCAACUGAACUCAACCCUCCGCAACUACCUCAACAUCGGUCCACUCAACAUACUCUCACCGCCGCCACCUCCCUUUGAUGACCACGCCUGCUUACCCUGGCUCGACAAUCACCCACCCAACUCCGUCGUCUACAUAAGCUUCGGCGGGUUUCUAUCUCCACCGCCGCACGAACUCGCAGCGCUAGCAGAAGCACUGCAGGAGAGUAAGAUUCCAUUUCUCUGGUCAUUUAGGGGAAUCCCAGAGGAAAAAUUACCGAAGGGGAUUCUCGAAACAGGGAGAGGGAAAAUCGUUCCAUGGGCUCCUCAGGUUCAGAUAUUGAUGCAUUCUUCGGUCGGAGCGUUUGUGUCUCAUGGCGGUUGGAAUUCUAUAUUGGAAAGCGUUGGAGGAGGCGUGCCGAUGAUUGGGCGGCCGUUUUUGGGAGAUCAGAGGAUGAACUUGAAGACGGUGGAAAAUGUUUGGGGAAUUGGAGUGGGUUUAGAAGGAGGCGUCGUGAGUAAGAGUGGGGUUUUGAAGGCGUUUGGAAAAGUUUUGGGUAGUGAAGAGGGGAAAUUAAUGAGGGAGAAAGUUGAAACUCUUCGGGAUUUGGCUCAUAAAGCUGCUGAAUCCGUCGGAAGUUCUUCUCAGAAUUUCACCCGUUUGGUGGAGAUUGUAACCAAGUCUAUCUAGGAAAUUAAGACUAGAGGAGGUUCUUCUUCAUUAUUACCUCGAUCAAAUAAGUCUAAUUAAUUAGUUUGGUAGAAAUUUGAAUAUGGCUACGGUUCCCACAGAGACCAAAGUAAAAGCAAAGAAGGAAGUUUGUGCAUGAUUUCAUUUUAGUGACUAUAUAUAUGAGGGAUCUUACUACUUAUUUUCAUCCACAACCAAAAUUAUAGAAGAAAAAGAAGAAGUGCGGUUUGAUACAAAGAUGACGGAUGUUCAAGCAGGUUUGAAGAAGGUGGCUGCUGCUGCUAUCACAGUGGCAACAAGGGCAUCGAUGGCGAUGAUGAUGAACCCAGUUCUGAUCCCUGUUGUUGGUCCUGUUGUGGUUACUUCUUCUGUUGUUUGUUCGGUCACUGGUGUUUUGAGGAGUUUUUGGAAAUUGUGAUUGAUAUUGAAAUCUGUUGUGAAAAAAAGUUA